GGCAGCAGCGUGUUAAUCCAGCCUUCAUCCUGGAUUUCAUAAACUAAAACAAGAGAGCCUGGCAGGAGGACAGCGCUGCUGCUGGGUUGAGGAAAUUGAUGACGGGGAAGCAUGCGGGCAACCCAGUGUAUAAAACACAUAAACGUGUAGGCAGAGGCUCAGCUACCACUUUGGACGGCUGCUUCCCGCCAGCAAAGACCACACUGAGCCCAAGCCCCUGGGAAACAUGAGGAGCCUCUUGCUACUGGCCACGCUCCUGGUACCUGCGCACCUGGCAACAGCCUGGAGCACCAAGUACGCGGUGGAUUGCCCGGACACCUGUGACAGUAGCGAGUGCAAAAUCGGCCUGCGCUGCAAGAGGAUGGUGCUGGAUGACUGUGGUUGCUGCCGCGUGUGUGCUGCGGGGCUGGGAGAAACCUGCUACCGCACAGUCUCAGGCAUGGACGGCGUGAAGUGUGGCCCGGGGCUGAGGUGUCAGUUUUACAGUGAGGAGGAUGAUUUUGGUGACGAGUUCGGUGUCUGCAAAGACUGUCCCUACGGCACCUUUGGGAUGGAAUGCAAGGAGACCUGCAACUGUCAGUCGGGCAUAUGUGACAGGGUGACAGGCAGAUGUCUGAAAUUUCCCUUCUUCCAGUUUUCAGUAACCAAGACUUCCAACAGGAGAUUUGUAUCUCACACAGAGCAUGACAUGGCAUCUGGAGAUGGCAAUGCUGUGAGAGAAGAACAUGUGAAAGAGAAUGCAGCUCGCUCUCCUGUAACGAAAUGGUUGAAUCCUCGCUGAUCCUGGAUGGGAUUUCCACAAGAAGGCUCUAUUUUCAUGAUCAUUCAAUGCAGCCAAUACUUUAGGAACAGUCUAGAUGAUUGCAUAUGGACUUGUAAUUUUUGGAGACCAACCAUGAUUCAGGUCCAGAAAAAAAAAAAAAAGGCUACUAACAAUCCAUAAAAUGCAUAUGACUGAACACGUUUAGAUAAUCAUUUGUUAAAUAUUUGAAUGCAUAUAAAUUGUUAAAAAUGUGUUUAUAGUAAUUUUGAGGAGCUAAAAAUGCAAUUUAGACAAAUCUUAACAUGGAAGUAGGUCAGUCAAAGAGAAAGCUAGCCAGAGCAGAAAAGCACAGUGAGUCCAUGGUUCUUUGACUCAGAUGUAUUUUAAUGUUGGGAUACAGGAUGGAGGAAACAUUAGGAGCAAGUAAAGGUGGGGUAGGUGUGGGGGAGUAUAAUAUUUAGAUCUUCCUUAUGCUAGCUUCUAUAGAAUUUAACUGUACUUUAUUUUUACUUUGGGAAAAGUCAAAACAAAACAAUCCCUGAAGGAAGUGGGAUGUUUGAAGCUCAUGGGAGUUUGAGUAGCAAACUUGAAUUGGGGCAGGUUUGAAAGGGCUGCUAAUGUAGUUCCCAGGUUACCUGUGACUGAAGGAUGGUUCUGGGACGGAGGGUAAAUAUACACUUCCAUACAUGGUUUUUAAAAAAUUCCACUUCAGAGAGAGUUGUUAAGUAUUUUGCCCACUUGGGGGAGGUGUGAAGGUAAAUAUUUAUAUAUUUUUGUAAGCAAAUAUGUUAGUACGAAUCAUCCUCCAUACCCAUAUUUAUCACCUUCUUGAGGAAUGAAUAAUGUUGUUUGUUUAGAAUAGUUAGACUAAAGUUGUAACUCUAUAAGGUAUUAAAAAAUCCAAGGCAUAGUAAAUUUAUGACUAAUAAUCAUAGUAAUAUCAAACAGUAAUAAGCUUAAGAGAAACCCAGAAAAACAGUUGUAUGAAUUUACAAAAUAUCAACAAAUAAAUAAUAGAGGGAAUUUAUUGAAAAUAAGUGUUAUAAUUUAGAUGAGUUUUAAAUUUAAAGCAGAAAAUAGCAUUUUAGGAACUUAGAAAAGAAGGUCAAUUUUCAGAAGGAAAUAUCAACUGUAAAGUAUAUUCAUUUUUCAUAUUUUUCCUUUUAAACAUGGUUGCUAAGUGGAAUUAGGAUUAUACUUGGGAGGAUCUCAGAACAAAUAGGGCAGUUGUAGUAGUUUUUUUAGGAAGUAUUUUAUUUGGAAUGAAGAAUUAUUUAAGAGCUAUUUCACUAUGUACCUACAUUUUAUUCUUGAAGUUGCCAAUAGAGUUGUGAAUCUGUGUGUGGGAGGGUCUUUGAAUGUAAGCUGAAUAAACUUAAAGGACAAGUUGAUUAUUGUUUAAUAAAAAAAC